UAUCAGCCUGAUGGAAUGAACAAAAAUAUUCAGUCAGCAAACUCAUUGCUAUUCCACACCAACCUGUCACCUAGAUAUCUUCAGAAUGUGCUGUAAAUCUGCAUUCUACCAACCAAGCUUUGUACCUGUUAAUAACUGUGAUCAAAAAAAUGGGGUGAUGAACCAUUCUUGAUCCUCCUCCUCUAGAAUGUUCUUUGACGUGCUUAUAUGAGAAGCUGGAUUUGCAUCAAAUCUCAGCUUCACCACUUCCAGUUCGAGAGAAUGGUGAGCUCAACCAAGGGCAAAGUGUGUGUAACUGGGGCCUCAGGCUUUCUCGCCUCUUGGCUCAUCAAAAGGCUUCUCGAGUGUGGAUAUCAUGUGAUAGGGACAGUCAGAGACCCAGGGAAUCGAAAAAAAGUGGGACACCUUUGGAAACUGCCUGGUGCAAAUGAGAGGCUCCAACUUGUGAGAGCUGAUUUAUUGGAGGAAGGGAGCUUUGACGAUGCUGUGAUGGCUUGUGAGGGCGUCUUCCACAUCGCAUCGCCUGUCCUCGGGAAAUCCGACUCCAAUUGCAAGGAAGCAACACUUGGUCCUGCAAUUAAUGGUACCCUAAACGUGCUAAGGUCGUGCAAGAAGAGUCCGUUUCUCAAAAGGGUUGUUCUCACAUCUUCAUCGUCCGCGGUGAGGAUUAGGGACGAAACUCAGCAGCCAGAACUGUUGUGGGAUGAAACAACGUGGAGCUCUGUGCCACUCUGCGAAAAGCUACAGCUAUGGUAUGCCCUGGCAAAGGUAUUUGCAGAGAAAGCAGCAUUGGACUUUGCCAAGGAGAAUAACAUUGACCUUGUCACCGUUCUUCCGUCAUUCGUGAUUGGGCCCAGUUUGUCCCAUGAACUGUGUACAACUGCUUCUGAUAUCCUUGGCUUGCUUCAGGGUGACACGGACAGGUUCACUUCGUAUGGGAGGAUGGGAUAUGUUCACAUCGACGACGUUGCACGGAGCCACAUUCUAGUGUAUGAAACACCCGAGGCAAGGGGCAGAUAUCUGUGCAGUUCAGUGGUUCUGGAUAACAAUGAAUUGGUUGGCUUACUCACAAAGCAGUUUCCAGUAUUCCCUAUUCCAAGGAGGCUCAACAACCCCUACGGAAAGCAGGCGUAUCAGCUAAACACAUCCAAGCUCCAGGGGCUGGGCCUCAAGUUCAAAGGAGUGCAAGAGAUGUUCAACGACUGCGUCGAGUCGCUGAAAGCUCAGGGCCAUUUGCUGGAGUGCCCGUUGUGAAAAUAGAGACAACACGAACAAGAGCCAUAGCCAAACACGUGGCAACUAUGUCUAGAUCAUGAAUCGGAUAGAUGCUGAUCAAAUGCCCUUCUGUAGAGGGUCAGCAGAUGCAGUUCCUUGCGGAUGACUUCCUGCUCGAGGGCCGCAAUCUCCCCAGCUAAAUCUGCGAUGGACUGCAGAACUGCAAGGUCACGGCUAAGAACACAGGCAUAAUUGAAGGUCCAGAUGAGCUUUCUACAAAGAAGGAAAAAACCCGAAAGGUGAAAGUGGGUCUGCCAUUAAUUUCGUUGCACAGUGUGUGAGUCAACCAUUUUGUGCAGAAAAUGAAGGCUGAGCAUCCUUGCACAGGGGCGCCGUACGGGCGGUGUAAAGGAGAUGAAUGAGAUGUGAUGAGGAUGGUUGGCGCGUACAAGUAUACAGUACACAGAAUAAUAAGUUGCUCAACUAAACAGUGCAAAAUUGUUAAGUGUUCUGUAUGCAUAUAUGGGCGACGAACUGAACUGGACGCCGUACUUGGUUAUGGACCGGAGUCUCUAGAGUUUAAGUUCGGUGUCAAUUUGCAGUGUUUCUUCACAUUUUUACUCUGUUUUUCUUCACGGACGAUAAGGAUGAUUUCCUCCUAUAUGGGUCCAUGUAUAUAAUUCUUAAUUCUUACUGAAAAUGACCAAACCAUAAUCUUUUUGUUCCUUUAUUACUGAUGAAUGAAAAUAGCAAUUGAAGUG